GCGGCGGCGAUUUCGCUCACCUGGAUGCCAGGAAUGGGGAGGCGUGGCGGCUGAUGCGCGCGCUCGGUCGAAUCCUUCCUGAUCACCAGAAUGUAUGCCUGCAGAAAAUGGUGCAUGUUAACCUGCUAAGAACUGCUGUUCUUUCAACCAUGUCGAUACUCAUCAUGCCUCUUGAGGCAUCAGCAUUGACGUGUCAGCCAGCUAAUUCUUUUGCCGAUAUGCCGAUUUUUAUUGCUGUUGCUCUAAUAGGAGCUGCUGUGGGUGGAUUAUUAGCCCGGCAAAGAAAAGAGGAAUUGAAGCGAUUGAAUAAUCAACUUCGUCAGAUUAACACUGCUCUUAGAAGACAGGCACAGAUUGAAUCGUUUGCUCCUGGCCUUACUUAUGCGCCUGUAGGGAGAGCAACAGAAACUGAGGUUAUUGUUGAUCCCAGGAAGCAGCAGUUGGUGGUAAAUUUGAAAACCGGGAAGAACUACAUGAGGAAUCAAGACCUUGAUAAGGCAGUAACAGAGUUCAGGACAGCUCUGGAGCUCGCAGAAAGCAUAGGGGAUCGCUUUGAGGAGAAGAAAGCUGCACGGGGCUUAGGUGCAUCACUACAAAGGCUGGGACAAUACAAGGAAGCAAUGAGCUGGUACUACAAGGUUCUGGAGCUAUCCAAGGAAACGGGCGAGGAUUCAGGCUGCACCGAGGCAUACGGCGCGAUAGCGGACUGCUACGCGGAGCUCGGGGAUCUGGAGCGAGCCGCGAAGCUAUAUGACAAGUACAUAUCAAGAUUGCAGCCCCGCGAUUGAGCGCUUGGCCGCUCUCAGAAAUAAAACUCAGCUUCCUCCUACUGGUUGGUUGGUUGGUUUUCGGCAAGAAGAAAACGCGCUUGAAUUGUUACUCCCGUAUAUAAAUCGCAGUGGCCCUGCGGCACAUGCGGGUUCAGAGCUCCGCAUGAAAGAUUGAUGGAGAUUGAUUUCCCAUCUUCUGUAAUCCUUUUCCAGGAACCGGUAACUCGGGCACGUUGCGUUGCAGAUGAUCAUAA